AGCAGCAGCAGCAAACGGCGUCCGCCAUGAGGGCGGCCAGGGCGGCUUUGCAAGGGCUCUUCGCCGUCUACAAGCCGCCCGGCGUGCCCUGGAGCCUCGUGCGGGACACGGUGGAGACCCAGCUGCUGAAAGACUUGAACUUGCUAGAGCGGCCUGCACCGCGACAGCGCAUCCGUUUCCUGCCCAGCACGGUGGAAGGGAAAGAUGGAAAGGAAUUGACAAUGACUGUUACCCAAGUUCCUGUACUGGCUGACCAUCCGCUAGUUUCUGGACCAGUAUUCACCCAUUUGAAAAUCGGAGCUGGUCAUCGCCUGGAUACAAAGUCGUCUGGCGUGUUUCUGCUUGGGGCAGGUUAUGGCAACAAGCUGCUCACAGACUGGUACAACGCUCACCUCACCAGGACCUACACCGUUCGCGGCUUGUUUGGCAAAGCCACCGACGACUUCUCGGACACAGGCAAACUGAUCGAGAAGACGACGUUCGACCACAUCACCAGGGAGCAGCUGGACCGGAUUCUCUCGGUCAUCCAGGGAUCCAACCAGAAGUCAUUACUGCAAUAUGCCAACCUGGACUUGAAAACUCAAGAGGCCUACGAGAUGGCUGUGAAGGGAUUAAUUCGCCCCAUGGAGAAAAGUCCGCCUUUGAUCACGGGAGUGCGAUGUCUCCAGUUUGCACCUCCUGAAUUCCAGCUGGAAAUUCACUGUUUGCACGAGACCCAACAGUAUCUGCGAAAAAUAGUUCACGAGAUUGGGUUGGAGCUGAAGUCGUCUGCUGUGUGCACCCAAGUGAGGAGGAUACGGGACGGUGUUUUCAUCCUGGAUGAUGCCCUCUUGAGGACGCAGUGGAACCUGCCCAAUAUCCAGAAUGCAAUCCUGAAAUCCAGGGUUCAAGUCGAGGCUGAGCUCCGGAAUAGCUUGGCUCACCAAGAACCCUGCAGUGACAAUGAGGGAGAGACUGGGCCUGGAUCGAUGGCUGAUGACACAGAGUGGAGCAGCAGGGACAAUGCCUUGCCAGCAAACUCAGUGGUAAAAUGAGUGGUAAAAUUAUGAAGGUUGCUGGAAUAUCGGAACACAAAACACCAACCUCAAAUUUAUUCUUUUCAAGGGAAAAGACAGAACAGGACUUGCUCAACCCGUGAACAAAUACAAAACUGCAGUUGCUUCCUUCCAGCCCUUCAGUUGAAUUCACAAAAUGCAUACAGAACUCAUGGGGUGGGCCACUCUGCAAACCUCUUGCAGAAAUUCACUUCUGCAAAAAUCCACAUGUUGAACGUGGCGGGUACAGAAAACAACCUUUCUCCACCAACACUCAGAUAACAAAUUCAACAGCUUCUUCAUUAAAUUAGAUGAGGAAAGUGUUAAACCCUGGCUCCAUCAGUAAAAUCUGAACUGGCAA